UCUGCACGCAGAGUGGCAUUGGGGACGAUGAAGUGCGUGGUCUUUACCCUUUGGGUGGUGUAUACUUUUAUUAAGUUUAGCGGGGCACUACCCCCUAAUUUGCUUUAUGACAUUGAUGUAUCUGGUGAGGUGGUGCACACGUUACAAUCUGGAAGCGACGUUUCCAGUCAGGAAGUAGUUUUGAAUGUUCCAAUUGUAUUUUUUGGAAUACCCUUUGAUACUUUAUAUGUAAAUUCAAACGGUUUAAUUUCGUUUCAAACGGACAUCCAGCAAUUUAUCAACAUAGCUUUCCCGUUAGAUUAUCCCAUAAUUGCUCCAUUUUACACCCACAUCGAUACAACUAAAGGUGGAGGCUAUGUCAAGUUCUAUCAAACGGAUAAACCUGGUCUUUUAUCCAGAGCUACUAACAUGGUUCAGGACUCGUUUUCAAAUGCUAAAGAUUUUCAAGCAACAAGUUUAUUCGUUGUCACAUGGUAUAGGGUUGGUUAUUAUAAGGAAGGGGAGGACAAAUUAAAUACUUUCCAAAUAGCAAUUUCUUCAGAUAGUCAACAGUCUUUCGUUGAAUUUUUAUAUCCUGAAAACGGAUUGAACUGGAUUCAAGGAACUGCCGACGAAUCCGGUCUUCCGGAUGCAAGAGCACAGGCUGGAAUCAUUUCUCCGGAUGCCAAACUGUUCACAUUGCCGGGAUCCGGAACUGAGCAGGUCCAGAAUUUGGAACGUUGGACCAAUAUGGGACUUCCAGGUCAAUUCAUUUUCAAAGUGGACCAAAGUGAAAUUCAGGAGCCAGAUCAAUACAAUGAAGAAUCGAAAAGUACCACUCCUCAUUCGUGUUCUGAAGCUGGUACUUAUUGCCACAUUCAAGCGACUUGCAAAGACUACGAAGAAGGAUUUUGCUGUCAGUGCAAAGACAAAUAUUAUGGAAAUGGAAGGAACUGUAUUAGGAAAGAUUUACCUUUAAGAGUUAAUGGAAAAGUUAAUGGGCAUAUUAACGGCGAGAGACUUGAUAAUUUGGAUUUGCAAUCAUAUAUUGUUAUGACAGAUGGAAGAGCUUACACAGCUAUCUCAAAAAUUCCAGAAGGAAUUGGAAGUGACAUACAAUCAUUACAAAUUUUAGGAGGAGUGAUUGGAUACAUCUUCGCUAAACCAUUAAGAACAGCAGUUAACGGUUAUCAGUUAACAGGUGGAGUGUUUAACCACUCAGCAACCAUUACUUUUUUGAAUACCAGUCAAGUAAUAAAAAUAAAACAGAAGUUUACUGGAUUAGACGUUUUCGAUCAAUUGCGUUUGGAGACUGACAUUCGUGGUGAAAUUCCUAACUUACCAAAUGACGUCAAAGUUUCCAUUGACGAGUACCAGGAGGAAUAUUCUUUGACUAAUUCAGGUGUUUUACAAAUGAGUUCGACAAGAAACUUUAAAUAUACCAACGCUUUGAACAAUGAGGAAAUUGUAUAUGUAUACACUGUCGAACAAUCAAUUACAUUCGAUUAUUGUAAGUUUGAAAACACAAGUGUGGGUGAGGUUUGGAAGCUGAAAGUAGGAAAGAACUUCAUCAGUUACGAAUCAACUGAACAAAUUAUAAGAUUUGGACUCAGUAAUAAAAUCGUACCAUUUGGAGAUGCGGACCCUUGCGAGGAGGGCCGUUCGAAAUGUGGGCCAAAUAGCUCUUGUGUGGUGGAAAACGAUAGCUACAGAUGCAUAUGCAAUCCGGGUUAUCAAGAAUUUGUUAGAGAUGGUGGAGUACUUUGUGCCGAUGUAAAUGAAUGUCUUUCCGGAUUGCACGAUUGCGACUACAACGCACAAUGCAUCAACACAAUCGGAAGCUUUACUUGCACCUGUAAUCCAGGAUUUGAAGGCAACGGACAGUUCUGCGAGAACGCCAGGAGUUGCAGUGGUGUUCAAUGUCCAGAGAAUUCGGAGUGUGUGGAGUCUAAUGAGGUUGCACAGUGCAGGUGUCAGGAGGGUUUCACUGGGGACGGUCAACAUUGCACUGCCAUUGUGAGUCAGAGUUGUCAUAUUAAUAAUAACUGUUCUCCAAAUGGUUAUUGCACAAUAAAUCCUAAUACAAACAACUAUUAUUGUGUAUGUCUGCCUAACUUUGAAGGCAAUGGAUACGAUUGUAGACCAAAACCUGUGACUACUACAGAAGUGAAUUAUGAAGUUAAUACAUCAUACGAGCAUAAAGAAAUACAAAGAUGUUUAAUGGGAGUUUGUUGGUGUCCACAAGGUUACACUCAAGAACUGGGAACCAAAUAUUGUAUAUUAAGUAAUGGAGAGCAAGAAACAACAACAACAAUUCCCGAAAAUAUUGAAUCAUGUGAGGGAACGUGUCAUAAAGAUGCCCAAUGCAUAUUAGAUGAAGUAAAUCAAAGACGUGUUUGCGAGUGUAAUCCUGGAUACGAAGGAGACGGUUACCAUUGCGAAGUUGAACGAAUUUCCUGCAACAUAAUUGAUAACUGCGACCCUCAUGCCACAUGUGUGUACAGUGAAGAAGAUGGAAGAGCUGCUUGCAUUUGUAAUGAAGGAUAUAUUGGUGACGGAAUAACUUGCUACAGUGCAGGUGGUCGUUGUGGAGGUGUAGAGUGUACAUCGACAGAAGAGUGUAAAGUUAAUUCCGAAUUACAAAUUUACGAAUGUGUGUGUAGAGAGAAUCACAUCAGAGAUUCGCAGCAUCAAUGUGUGCCGUCUGAAGCCACAUGUGGUGGCGGAAAAUGCGUUGAAAAUGCCGAAUGUGUGUUCGACGAUCAUAUUAACACUAUGUUCUGCGCUUGCAAACUAGGUUACAUAGGAGAUGGUAUAAGAGAGUGCAAACCUAAACCUAUCGGCUGUGAUGUUGCCAAUAACUGUGGCGAAAACGCUGUAUGUGAGUACGAUCAUGAAACAACAGUUUAUACAUGCAGAUGUAAAGAUGGAUAUUUGGGAGAUGGUUUCUUAUGUUACAAAGAAAAAACAUGUCAAAUAGAUCCAUCUAUGUGUGACCCUCAUGCCUCCUGUAUACCUGACAUAUACCGAUUUGUAUGCAAAUGUAAUAGUGGUUAUUUGGGAAAUGGUACGGUGUGCAGACCUAUUCCGAGCUUUUCUGGAAACUUCCUUUUACUUAACUAUGGUAUUGCUACUUUGAAAUUGGGAACCGAACCGUUACACAAACCUCAAGGAAGACCAAUACAAAUUCAACCUAAUCAAAUUAGUGUUGGAUUAGACAUAGAUUGUCUUGAAGGAAGAGUUUACUGGACCGAUUUAUCAAAUAGAGCCAUCCGCAGUUCCACAUUUGAUGGAAGUGGCAAACAAGACUUUAUCAAUACUGCCCUUGGUUCUCCAGAAGGUUUGGCAAUAGACUGGGUGUCAAGAAAUAUUUAUUGGACUGACUCAACAAAUGACACAAUUGAAGUGGCAAAUCUUGACACUAAACGUAGGAGAACAUUGUUUGACACUGAUCUAAUUAAUCCUAGAGGAAUAGCAGUUCAUCCACAAAGAGGAAAGAUUUUUUGGUCAGACUGGAACAGACAAAGACCAAAAAUUGAAUGGGCAAACGCUGAUGGAACUGGACGUGAAACUUUCUUACAAGGAUUUGAUGUUUCCCUGCCAAAUUCUCUAACGAUAGACUACGACAAUGAUAAUUUGUGUUAUGCCGAUGCUGGUACAAAGAAAAUUGAAUGUGUAAACAUUGAUACCAGGAGGAAGUACACAAUUGCUGUAAAUUGUACUUAUCCCUUUGGAAUUGCAACAACAGACAAAUAUUACUUCUGGUCAGAUUGGAUAUCUAAAAAGGUCGAACGUGUAGAUAAACACAGCUUACAACGUGUGCCACCAAUCGAAGUACAACGAUUUGGCAGUGGUAAACUGUAUGGUUUGGUGGCAGUGCCAAAAAAAUGUCCACAGUUGACUAAUGUGUGUGAGUACUACAAAGACCAAUGUCCGCCUGAACAUAUCUGUCUACCAAAUGGUUCAGGCAGUAGGAGCUGUGUCUGCUCAUACAGAUCAGACAAGUUGGAUGAACAUCCUACUUGUAAUCUUUAACAUAUCGUAUUAAAAUAUAUAUUUCUACUAAUUUAGAUUUUGUACGUUUUGUAAUAAAGUAAUAUUUUUAGCGUGUGUUAACUUA